AAGUCUCCAAGUGUGACUUGUAAUUUCCAUUCUCUAUUCAGUAUAGUUCCGAACGGAGUCAGUCCACUUAUUUGCUGCUUAAAAACGAAUAAUUUCAAAAUAAAUCAAAAUGUUUAAGAUGCACCGUCUACAGUCACUUCAUUUGACUAGCAUCAAGGGGGACCUGUUCGAAAUCAUUGCAGACGUGCCAGCCGGGCCAAGCGUUGGGAUUUUCUUGAACGAGAAUCCGCGUUUGGUUCAACGUUACUACAUCCAGUUCGAGAUCCAGCCAUUGAAUGGGACUAUGCUCCGUUUGCUAACCGGGCAAAUCGUCAAGGAAACUGCCGGACGCGAUCUGGUGCUACGCGAUUGCGAGGCCUCGAUAAUCAUUGGCUACACUAUAUACAAUUGCUUCAUGGGCCUCGUUCGCCUGCCCGUCAGCAACAUUAUAUCCACUUAUUAACCGAACAGUCAGCCGAUACUUCCGAGCUGAUAUUUACCACAGUCAAACAAACAGAAAACAGAGUUAAAAAGUCCUCUAGUUCCAGUUCCUCAGUUUCCUUAUGUUAAUUUAUGUUCGCUUUUGGCUAAUGUUCAAAUAAAUAAAUGUAUUUAAAGCAUUGA